AUGCUACAUGCAUUGAUUGCUGCCCAGGAGGAUGAUGUCAGGCGCUGGUCUUCUUGUCCUUCAUUUGGACCCUUCAUCCACAAGCUCUUCGUUCAGUCUCCGAAUGUCUCUCAUGUUGGGCCCCGUCAUCCCACUGGUCGCAUAGGCUUUUCGAUACUUCAGCGCUUCAGCAGCUUCCUCGCCUAUGCUGCGAAAACUCCCGUUGACUCUGCAGCAUCUCUCACCCUCCGUGGCCCCUCAAAUGGCGAGCCUUUUCCCUUUCCCAUCAGAGGUGUUCUAGCCAGAUUAAUGGAAUACGGGCAGUAUGAACUGCACAAGGUUCGGAUGGCAAACCGCUUCGACAACAAAACAAUCAAAUAUGUGGAUGCACAGGCAUUUCCAUCUGAGAAUUUCUCCGAGGCCCGCAACAAGGACCAGCUCAAAGAAGUCAACGUUGCUGGUAGCUUGUAUUUCAGAUACAAUGAGAUGUUUGACGGUCGUGAUGUCCUGGAACUCAACACUCGAACUGCUUUUGAGGAGCAUCUUGAAGUUGUUGGGAACCGAAUGAGGGACAAUGGCCACAACAUCAAGAUUCAUGUCCCAGAUGAGGUCAUUGAGACCGAGGUUAAAAAUUGGAGGAAUUUGCCAGAAGAUCUGAAUCUGGUUCUUUCAACUUGGGUGCUUAUAUGGACAUGA